AUGGGUAGUGACGACGAGUCGGCCCCGUUGAUCAAGCUGACCGUGAAGACCACUUCCUCAGCCUACGAUAUUCAGGUGCCGUCUGAUGCGCCGAUAUCGGAGGUGAAACAAGUGUUGAGCGAAAAGGUGAACGCCCCGGCCGACAAGCUGUGCCUCAUCUUCAGCGGCAAGAUCUUGAAGGACCCGGAGCUUUUGGAUAAACUAAACAUUAGCGAUGGAAUGUCGUUGCAUUUGGUGGUGAGGCAACAAAACGCUGCCGGCGCCAGCCCGUCCCGCCCGGCUGCGGCGCCCACAAACUCUACAAACGCAGCUGGAGCCCAGCCCGGUCAACAGGCUCCGUUUGCCGGUCUCGCUGGUCCUGCAGGAAUGGGCAACAUGCAGCAGCUUUUGAACAAUCGCGACGUUAUGCGCCAAAUGAUGGACUCGCCGUUGAUGCAGGGCAUCAUGAACAACCCACAAAUCUUCCAAACAAUGAUCUCAUCGAAUCCACAGAUGCAACAGUUGGUUGAGUCGAACCCCGAACUGGCCCACAUGCUCAACGACCCGGAGAUGAUCCGCCGGACGAUGGAGGUUGUGCGCAACCCGAAUAUGUUUGACGAAAUGAUGCGCAACCACGAUAUUGCUAUUAGGAACCUUCAGGGAAUUCCCGGCGGUGAAGCCGCCCUCCAGCGCCUCUACCAAGACGUGCAGGAGCCACUGCUCAACUCAGCCGCCUCGUCCCUGGGCGGCAACCCGUUCGCCUCGACCGCCUCCAACGAUGCCGAUGCUACUUCCCGAUCUCAGCGUGCCGGUGUCGAGAACGCGGAUCCGUUGCCAAACCCGUGGGGCGCGGCGCCGCAACGCGCUGCCCCGGCGGCCGGAGCGACUCCGGGAGGCGCCGCCGGCAAUCCGAUGGCUGAUAUGAUGAACAACCCACAGUUUGCUAAUAUGAUGCAGCAAAUGAUGGGCGGUGGAGCUGCGGGCGGCGAGGGUGCUGGCGGCCCGGGAUUGCAAGGACUGCUCGGCAACGCCAUGCAGCGCAUCCGCGAAAACCCCCAGAUGUUGGAGCAGAUGCUCCAAAAUCCGCCGCCGUUUGCGAACAACCCGGAGUUGGCCAGGAAUUUGCCGCAAAUGAUGCAGGCCAUGACCAACCCUCGAGUGAUGGAGGCGCUCGAAAUGAUCCGGCGCAGCCUCGAAAUCCUCCGCACCGAAGCCCCACAAAUCUACAGCCAAAUGAUGCCCAACGGAGCGGACCACAUGCAGAACCUGUUCGGCCAGAUGAACUUGGGUGGCGCAGCGGCUGGUGGUGGUGGCGCCGUUCCGGAGGUGAACUACGAGCAGCAGUACGCGUCUCAGCUCGAGCAGCUGUCGAAUAUGGGUUUCAACAACCGGGGCGCCAAUAUUGCCGCCCUUCGCGCGACGUACGGUGAUGUGAACGCGGCUGUGGAGCGGCUGUUGAGCGGCCUG